CGGAGGGCGACACCUCCAGGUAAAAGUGAGGCAUUGCAGGAGGCGGACUCAACCCAGGGCGAGCGGCGCGAGAGCAGUCAAGGUUCCUGUCCACCUUGAGGCGGCUAGGAUGGCUGAGGAGUCGGUGCGCGGUAGAGUCGAAUCCGAGGCUGGUUUUGAGGCAGUGAAGCCUGAAGAUUCUAAGGUGUCUUCACCGAAGACUGCAGAUGUUGUCGCAACGUCAUCGAAGGCGGAGGACUACAGUAGCAAGUGCGUGUUCUGCCGGAUCGCGGCGAAGCAGGAACCCGGCACCGAGCUCCUGUACUGCGAGAAUGAAGACCUAGUUUGCUUCAAAGAUAUCAGACCAGCAGCACCUCAUCAUUAUCUUGUGGUGCCAAAGAAGCAUCUUGGAAACUGCAGAGAGCUAAAGAAAGAUCAUAUAGAACUGGUUGAGAGCAUGGUGACUGUUGGAAAAACUAUUCUUGAAAGGAAUAAUUUCACUGACUUCAAAAAUGCGAGAAUGGGUUUCCACAUGCCACCAUUUUGUUCCAUCUCCCACUUGCACCUUCAUGUGCUGGCACCUGUUGAUCAACUUGGCUUCUUAUCAAAAUUGGUUUAUAGAGUGAAUUCCUAUUGGUUUAUCACAGCUGACUGUUUGAUUGAAAAACUAAGAAUAUGAAAAUGUCAACAGUGGAAGAUUUUCCUAAUCUUGGCUCAACAUAAACUAAUAUUUUCAUUCUUUUGAAGUCUAAUUACAAUUGUAAGGUUCAUUGGGUUUUAUGAGAGGUUAUUACUGGCUAGCCUUAAUUCUUUUCUGAAUGUCUGUUUCCUGAGAUACGUGAUACAAUUCCAUGGAUACUUUGUCAUUGACUUCUUUAUUUUAAUGGUUACUUGUUUAAGGUAUAAAAUACUAUAGAUAAAAUCCCAUUAAAACAAAUCCCUGUUAAUCAGGAAGGACUAUUUUUUCAAAAAGUUUAAAUAUUUUCAUUUCUUAGUAGUCUAUUAUAAUAGUGAUUUAUUUAUGAAGAAUAAACUGGUAUGGAAAGUACUUUAUUGGAGCCUUUAUUACUAUGAAGGGGAGACAGAAAUUAACUGUUUCUUGACAGUUAUAUAAGUUUACACACAAAAUUUCAAAAUGAAAAGUACCAUACUACAUAGUGACUUAUGUUCUUAUUGAUUGAAAGAAUCGUUUUAUGUCACUUUUUACUCAGAUUUCAGAUGCUGGUUUUCACUAAUAUUUUUGUGAUAAAUUGUUCCUGAAAGCUGUAAAAUAUACAUAAAGUAAAUUCUAAUGGUGGAUUUAUAAGAACAAUUUGGCUAUCCAAGAGAAUUCACUGUAAUAGCAUUUUAUCUGCAAGAACAUAAAUGGGGAAGAAACAUAAAACGGUUAUCAUAAUGUAUUAAAACUGGUGGAAAUUAUUGUUUUAUGAUUUAUUGUACCAAAGGAAGAGUAGAAUUAAUAAGUUUUAGGCCUGGAUUUUAUCAUGAAGAAAUCCUGAUUUGAAAGUAGGAACAGAUAAGCUUGGAUGAGAACGUUUGAUAGCUAAAUGUUAGCAUUACUGAUACAUCAUUUUGUGAGACAUAUUUCUUUAAGGAUUGUGCUGAUCUACACUAAUAGUGAAUGUGAAUAAAGAGUAAGGUACUGAAAGCUGA